AUGUCACUCUUGCCCACAUUACUUCUUAGGCGCGGUUCCACCAGACUCUUUGCAACAAUGUCUUCUUCUUCUUCUCCACUAAAGGUCGCUGUCCUCGAUGAUUACCAGGGCAUCUCGGAGCCCAAGUUCAAGGCUCUGGACUCGUCCAAGUACGAAGUUUCCUUCUUCAAGGACACUCUUCGCCCGUACAACCACCCCGACACUACUCAAGAUGUAAAGGAUCAGCUCGUCAAGAGGCUGGAGCCUUUCACCGUCAUCUCAACAAUGCGGGAACGCACUCCCUUCCCGCGCGACCUCAUCUCCCGCCUGCCCAACCUCAAGCUCCUCCUCACCACCGGCAACCGCAACCUCGCGCUGGACCUAGACGCCUUCAAAGAGCGAGGCAUCCCCGUUGCCGGCGCCAUCGACAAGUCCAACCCGGGCAGCGUCGGCUCCGUCAGCACCACCGAGCACUGCGUGACCAUGAUCCUCGCCGCCGCCCGCAACAUUGCCCAGGACGACCUGGCCGUCAAGACGGGCGGGUGGCAGACCGUACCCGCUGUCAGCCUACGGGGCAAGACGCUUGGAACCGUGGGGUUGGGCAGAUUGGGCGUGGCGGUGGCCAAGAUCAUGAUUGUUGGUUUCGGUAUGAAGGUGAUUUGCUGGAGCAGCAACCUCACGCAGGAGAAGGCGGACGAGCAGGCUAAGCAGGCCGGCUUGCCGGUGGAGGACGAGAAGACGGGCGAGAAGACGUUCAAGGUGGUGAGCAAGGAGGAGCUGUUUAAUACGGCAGAUGUGGUGAGCGUGCACUUGGUCUUGGGGGAUCGGUCGAGGGGCGGGAUCGCCAAGAAGGAUUUGGAGUUGAUGAAGAAGACGGCUAUUUUUGUGAACACGUCGCGCGGACCGUUGGUGGUUGAGGAGGACCUGCUGGAGGUAUGUGAACAGGGCAAGAUCAGGGCCGCGGCGCUGGAUGUGUUUAACUUGGAGCCGCUGCCGUUGGAUAGCAAGUGGCGGACGACCAAGUGGGGAGAGGAUGGGAGGAGCAGAGUGCUGCUUACGCCCCAUAUGGGAUAUGUGGAGGAGGAUACGCUGUCGGGGUGGUAUGAUCAACAGAUUGAGAACUUGGAGAGGUGGGCGAAGGGUGAGCAGUUGGCCUUUAGCUUGUAUUAG